AUGCUGGCCUGUUACCGACCCCCGGGGAACGAGACGCUGCUGAGCUGGAAGGCCUCGCGGGUCACAGGCACGGCCUUCCUGCUGCUGGCGGCGCUGCUGGGACUGCCGGGCAAUGGCUUCGUAGUGUGGAGCCUGGCGGGCUGGCGGCCCGCAAGGGGGCGACCGCUGGCGGCCACGCUGGUGCUGCACCUGGCGCUGGCCGACGGCGCGGUGCUGCUGCUCACGCCUCUCUUCGCGACCUUCCUGGCGGGGCAGGCGUGGCCGCUGGGCCAGGCGGGCUGCAAGGCGGUGUACUACGUGUGCGCGCUCAGCAUGUACGCCAGCGUCCUGCUCACCAGCCUGCUCAGCCUGCAGCGCUGCCUCGCCGUCACCCGCCCUUUCCUGGCGCCCCGGCUGCGCAGUCCGGCCCUGGCCCGCCGCUUGCUGCUGGCCGUCUGGCUGGCCGCUCUGCUGCUCGCCGCCCCGGCCGCCGUCUACCGCCACCUGUGGGGAGACCGCGUGUGCCAGCUGUGCCACCCGUCGCCGGCCCACGCCGCGGCCCACCUGAGCCUGGAGACGCUGACCGCCUUCGUGCUUCCUUUCGGGCUGGUGCUCGGCUGCUACGGCUUGACGCUGGCGCGGCUGCGGGGUGCCCGCUGGGGCGCCGGGCGGCGCAGGACGCGGGUGGGCCGGCUGGUGAGCGCCAUCGUGCUCGCCUUCGGCUUGCUCUGGGCGCCCUACCACGUGGUCAACAUUCUGCAGGUGGUCGCCGCGCUGGCUCCGCCGGAAGGGGCCUUGGCCAGGCUGGGCGGGGCGGGCCAGGCAGCGAGAGCUGGAACCACAGCUUUGGCCUUCUUCAGCUCCAGCGUCAACCCGGUGCUCUACGUCUUCACCGCAGGGGAUCUGCUGCCCCGGGCAGGUCCCCGAUUCCUUACAAGACUCUUUGAGGGCUCUGGAGAGGCCCGAGGCGGGGGCCGCUCUAGGGAGGGGACCAUGGAGCUCCGAACUACCCCUCGGCUCAAAGUGGUGGGGCAGGGCCAGGGCGAUGGAGACCCUGGGGGCGGGGUGGAGAAGGACAGUCAGGGAUGGGACCCUUGACACCAAACCCUACCAACCCGGCCUGCUCUUCCCUAUCCCCUUCCGUCGUCCCUCCCCCAGAACUCAGGGAACAACUGGAGCGUUUGGGGAGCCUUCUCUGGCCACAGUUUGGAUCUUUCUGGGCAGGCCCGGGUUCCUCCCAACUGAGGGAUUGCAAGUGGUGGUGGUCCUUGUUAGUGAAUAUUGUGUGCCUGCAGGUAGGCAUGGGCCUACAUGCCAGAACUGCUUACUUGUUGCCAAUAGCUACUGUGAAAUACACUGAGGAGGGGGCAUUACAUGAUGGGUUAAGCAUGCCCACACUGGUAGUUCAUUAUGCCUGAGUUGUACUGAAGCCACCUGGUUCUCUGCUGGGUCAGUCCAAGGCUGGGCGCUGCCAGCCUUCAGUGGCAUCUUGACUUGUUCUCCCGAGUCUGGGUGGCCUGGUUCCCUCCAGCCAAGCCAUAGACCGCUCUGGAAAUAAAGGGAGAAAGAGGAAGGAAAGGUAUGGGGGCUUGAAUGAGAAAAUGGGGAUGGGAGACACUUUCUGCAGUCUGAAAGAGUUGAGUGGAGAAAAAGCCAGCUCUGCAAGGGGAAAGACAAUGUGUGGGGUUAGAAAGGAAAGUUUUCCUGUCUUGUGGUUGGUGCAGUGUGGGGAGGGAGGCUGGGAGCCCUGUCUUCCUCUCUGAAUCCAACUCUUCCCCCUGAAGGUCACCUGACUCAAAAAGGAGCCCAGGAGCAGGCACAGGCUCACCCAGAGGACAUUUGGGGCUUGGGGUGAGGGGUACGGGGAUUGUGUGGAUGACUGGAGGACAGGAAGUUCUCAGGGAGGUGACAUCUCUCCUUGGUCUCCUUUUUCUCUCUGCAAAGUCUUGACUCCUCCCAAGACUGCUAGCUGUUGCUCACUGCCCCCCAUACCCCUUGGCCCCCAUCUUUUGGAAUCUCUCUAUCGCUGGUCCCCAAACUGUUCUGAAUCCUGACGCUUUUGAGUUUGAGGAUGUAGGAUGGAGUUCAGAGGACGUCCACAUGCACACACAUGUGGUCGCUAGGGUGACUAACAUCCCCGUUUGCCCAAGACUUUCCCAGUUUCACCACCAACAGUUUCUUGUCCCAAUCCUCAGUCCCUGGCAAACCUAGAUGGCUGGUGACCUGAGUGCUCACCCGGACCACCAUCCCAGGUUCUGCUUUAGUGACUGUUCACAUCACUCAGACAGAGGCCAAGAAAGAGUAAAGGAAAUUCAGUCUGCAGGGUCACGCCAGGGGCACCCAAACUGGGGCAGGGUGGAGCUCUGCAUCUGGGGGGCAGGAAGUAUGCUUAGAGUAUCUAGCCUGGGGUGGAGGAAGAAAGGCUGUUGAGAGACAUGGAAGUGGGGAGCAGUUUGGGAGAGGAGGCGAAGACAACCCAGUUUCUGUCAGGAGGGGCCUUUGGUUGACCCCUGGGCUCUGGGCCAGAACUUGCAUCCUCUGACACUGACAGUGGGAACUUCUUCCUGUUCUCAUGUGUCAGGGCAGAAGCUCCCUAACUUCCUCCCUUCCAUAGUCCCUGUCUUACAACCUCUGUGGUCAGAAAGCCCUUCCUCAACUCUGCCUUCCUGCUGUGGUUUCAGCCCAUUUCUUUGCAUCACAUCCUCUGUCUCACAGCUACUGGGUCAGCUCUGCACUGGCCCUUCUCAAAGCAGAGAGGGUAAAGGACCUCAGUGACCACCAAAGAUGGACCAAAGUGCAUCUUUCCUGGGAAGUGACAGAGUUGGAAAGGAAGCAGAAAGGCUCAUGGUCAGAUUGAAGGAAAGACUUUUCAGUUCUCAGUCCCUGCAGAAGAGGUCAAAGGGAGAGACUGCACUCCUUGCAGGAAGGGAGAAGAGUGACCAUUCUUUUUUUUUAUUAAAAAUAUUUUUUUAACGUUUAUUCAUUUUUGAGAG